AUGGAUAUGACCAGCGCGAACCCGUUAAAUAUGCGUCCCUUCAUAUCUGGGUACCCAUUUCAAGGUCAAGGUAGAGUUAAUCAACUUGGUGGAGUUUUCAUCAAUGGUCGUCCGCUACCAAAUCAUAUACGUUUAAAAAUUGUUGAAAUGGCCGCAAACGGUAUAAGGCCUUGUGUGAUCUCACGUCAAUUGCGCGUAUCUCAUGGUUGUGUAUCAAAAAUUCUGAAUCGCUAUCAAGAAACGGGAUCUAUACGACCUGGUGUGAUUGGCGGCUCUAAGCCAAAAGUAACAUCGCCUGAAAUAGAAGCACGCAUAGAAGAAUUGCGAAAAGCCAACCCAGGAAUUUUUAGUUGGGAAAUACGAGAAAAACUAAUUAAGGAGGGUUUUACGGAUCCACCAUCAACUUCAUCGAUAAGUCGUUUAUUAAAAACUACAAGUGAAGAUGGCCGUAAGGAUUACAGUAUUAACGGAUUAUUAGGUGGUCGUGACUCUGACUUGAGUGAUACAGAAUCAGAGCCUGGUAUACCAUUAAAACGAAAACAGCGUCGUUCUCGUACAACUUUCACUGCGGAGCAGUUGGAAACAUUAGAGAAUGCCUUUAGACGUACACAAUAUCCUGAUGUAUAUUCACGCGAGGAAUUAGCGCAAACAACAGGUCUAACCGAAGCUCGUAUACAAGUAUGGUUUAGUAAUCGAAGGGCGAGAUUAAGAAAACAUUCAGGUGGAACUAGUGCUGGAUUAUCACCGAUGAAUGGUGGUAGUGCUGGUUCAGCAGCUAUAAGUGGUAGUGCCGCUUCAGCGCAACUUGGAUUUGGUUCAUUGGCAAUGGGUUCUAUGGCUGGCUAUAGCCCAGCUGCUGGUACAACACCAAGUGCCGCUAUGAAUGAUAAUCAUGGUGGACAUCAUCACUCACAUCAUCAUGGUCAAAUGAGUAGUUAUGAUUUAGUAGCACAAUCAGCACAACAUGGUUUUCCUGGCAGUUUUCAACAUGGACAUUUCGGUGGUCAAAAUUAUUAUCAUCAAGAUUAUUCCAAACUUACAAUUGAUGAUUUCUCAAAACUGACAGCUGAAAGUGUUUCGAAAAUUUCACCUUCAAUUCAUCUGGGUGAUAACUUUCCAAAAUUGGAAACGGCACCGAAUUGGUCUCAAGCAGCAUAUCAUCUAAACCAAUCGGCAGUGGCCGCUGCUAAUUACAAUGCGGCAGCAGCCCAUCAUCAUGCCGCCGCACAACAUUCACUUAACGAUUACGCUGCUGCUGGUGCCGCUCACACUAACCAGCUAAAUAGCGCAGCCGUUGCCGCCGCUGCUUACAAUCAUACGCUGCCCGCUCAAGGUCAGUCGGGAAAAUAUUGGUCAUGAAAUUCCGAAAUGACUCUCUGUA